ACUGAUAAUCUAUUAUUGAUUGUCUUGGCUUUAUUACAGAAACAAUGGAUUGAAUUUAACUUCAGAGUUGCAAUCGCAAAAGCUUGUACAGAUUUCUUUUGCAAGAGUGGCGAAUGCAAAAGCACGUCUGGGCGAGUUAAGCGUUCCGAAAGGGCAAAAUUUAUUCAGGAUUCUGAUGUCAAAAUACUUGGACUUUCUCCUAAUGGAGAAAAUACUUGGAUAAUUGAGUUUGCUGUCCUAUUUCCAUCUGUGGAUGGGAAGGCUCCACAACCGUCCAAACCUGAAGAACUGGUUCAAAUGGUCGAUAAAAACAAAGAAGUUCUUCAGAAGGCGGUUGGAGGAUCAAUCAAGCGGAUAACAAUAAGAAAACAACCAGAGCAACCGAAAGAAGGCGCAAAAUCAACCCAAGAUGAUAAAGGAACGCCCGUAGGCGCGAUUGCUGCUGGUGUUGUAAGCCUUGUCAUCGUGUUGAUAUUAGUGGCUGCAUUUGUUAUCUACCGAAUGAGACGAAAGAGAGCGCAUAAUUCAAGACCAGCAGACGGCAUACAGUUGGAAAAUGACUGGGUGACUAAUAGCAACUCUCACACUGCAUUUGAUAACCCAGCUUUUGGCCAAGACCCAAUAUAUGAUUCCAUUUCACAAGCAAAAGGUGGCUCAGUGACUGAAAAAAUAAGACAAUGGAACAAUGAUGACGGCAGCAACGGGACAUCUAAUCCAACAUAUGAUGUCGCCAAUGAUGAAGAUCAUGGAAUCGAAGAUCCUGAACCACCAUAUGCCUCUCUCGAGAAAGAAAAGGAUGAUGACGGCAGUAACGGGAUAUCUAACCCAACAUAUGAUGUCGCUAAUGAUGGAGAUUAUGGAAUCGAAGAUCCUGAACCACAAUAUGCCUCUCUCGAGAAAGAAAAGGAAUCUAAUCUCCCACAGGACGCAGCAACGGACGACGACAACUAUGCGAAAAUAAAGCACGAGGAUGAAUCGCACGCUUGAGCCAUAAAAAAAAAAUGUUGUUGUUACUAACGGCCACCUUUGUGUGUGAGCUGACGGUAAUGAUUUUAGUAUUGAUCUUUUUAACUGCACUGUUAAAACAGGAAACUGUGACAUAACGCAUAUGUUCAUCAUCAAUGUAAUUUGAUUUCCUACUAGUACUUUAAGGAAACGUUUCGUUGAAACGGCGUAUCUUAGUCGUCGUUUAACUUGAAUUUACUAGUCUUUGCAUUAAUUAGCUUUAACGAAACUCCUUCAAACAGCUCAUUUUAAAGCGAUCAGGACCAAAGCAAAACCAACCGUGACUUGGCUUGCGUGUGUCUUCUUUUGCUUGGCCCCGUUUAGAGACGAGAUCUGAUUUGCUUAUUUUGUCAUUUGAGUUUUUCGUGAUUGGCCAGAGGUGAUUGCUCUGGUCUUGGUUUUACACGGAAUGAAAUUGAAAACAGUUUUACAUCUAUAUUUCACUCUUUAUGUACAUGUAUUUGUUUUGCUUUUACCUUGACCGGAUUUUGUGGUUUCAGUUUCAAGAAUUUCGUGAGAUCACGCAUAGCAAACGUAAGAGGCCAUUGGUAGCAUAAUCAAG